AUGCAAGCUGCUACAGAUCAGAAAGCCUUUCCGACGAUGUCGUCCAUCAAUCCGACCGAGAUCACCACUCUAUCAACAACGACCAAACUCGUCAGCUGGUCACUCCCACCAGCGACCCUCGCGUUCCUCACGGCCUCCUCCCCAACAACCGCCAUCCUAUCAAUUCCAAGUCUCGCAAUCCCGAUUGCGUUCUUCCGAUACUGCUACUUACAGGAUCCGACCAAUACAACCCACCUCGAAACGCUCAUCUGGACAUUCCUAGGCCUCGGGACGAUAGGCCUGUCUCUCUCCGCGACGAUCCAGGGGAUCCUGUUCAAACCUCUCGCAAGUGUGCUUUUUGGAGCCCAGGCGGGGAAAUAUCUCGAGGAGUUCACAAGAACGAAUGUCUCGGACCUCUCAGACGCAGAGAGGAAGCGUCGAGCGCAGAUGGCCCGUCGCUGGCAAUACUUCGCCUUUCUCUUCUUCUUCGCCUUCGGACUCGCAGGUCUCGUCGAGGAAGUCCUCAAGUCCUCCGCCAUCAUCCUCGCCCGACGCUGGGGAUCCGUCGCGACGGAGAGGGAGUACCUCAACGCCGCCGUCGCCGCAACGCUAGGCUUCAGCACGGUCGAAAACAUCGCCUUCGUCUACGCCGCUCGGAACGAUAGCCCGGGUAUACUCGCACUCACGCUCCUCGAGCGCGUCCUCUUGGGCGGGCCCGCACACACCCUCUCGGGCUGUCUCCUCUCUUUGAGCAUUGUCCGUCGAGACUUGAGGAGAGAGGCGAUUGGGUGGGUGCGGAUUCUGGGGUGGCCUACGCUUUACCAUGGGGCAUGGGACUUUUCCCUUCUUGCGAUUUGUGCUGCGAAUGGGAAUGUUGGGUGGGUGCAUCCGAGACGUCCUGUUAGUUUGAUGGCGGGGUUGGGGGUUGCGGUGGGGAUUAGUGCGGCUGCGUUUUGGCAGGUGAGAUCUGAGAUGGAUAGGUUGGGGGUAUUGUUGACUGACACUGAGGAGUUCGACGUCGCUGGUGCCUCGCCUGAAGCCUGGACUAGUGGAGAUUCCUCGCUUGGGAGUCAGGCUGAAGCAAACCCAGGCCGCGAAUGUCCACGACUUUAA